GCGCUGCUGCUCAUCAUGGCCCUGUCGGCGCUGGGCAACGGCGCCGUGGUGCUGGCGAUCGCGCGGCACCGCCAGCUGCGCACGGUCACCAACGCCUUCGUGCUGUCGCUGUCGCUGGCCGAGCUGCUGGGCGCGCUGCUCUGCCUGCCCCUGGCGCUGCUGGGCGCGCUGAGCCGCCCGCCGGGCGYCUGGCUGCCCGGGCAGCGCCUGUGCGUGGCCGGCGCCGCGCUGCACGCCGGGCUGGGCAUCGCCGCCACGCUCACCAUGGCGCUGCUCUCCUUCGACCGCUACUGCGCCAUCGUGCGCCAGCCGCGCCGCCGCCUGGGCCGCCGCCGCGCCGCCCGCCUGCUGGCCGCCGCCUGGCUGGCCGCCCUGGCGCUGGCCGGGCCCUGGUACGGGCUGGCGGGCGACGGGCGGCACGAGGCCGGCGCCGACCGCUGCGUCUACGUGCUGCCCUGGGGCUCGUCGCGCCUGGGGCCGCCCUACGGCGCGGCGCUCAUCGUGCUCUGCUACCUGCUGCCCUUCGCCCUCAUGUGCUUCUGCCACUACAACAUCUGCCGGGCGGCGCGGCUGGCCGGGAGCCGCGUGCGGCCGCUCGCCGCCCGCGGGCACCUGGCGCGCGCCCAGGGCGAGAUGCGCACGGCCACCACCGUCCUCAUCAUGAUCGUCUCCAUCAUCUGCUGCUGGGGGCCCUACUGCGUGCUGGGGCUGGCCGCCGCCGCCGGCCGCCUGCCCUUCUCGCCCACCAUGGACGCCGUGGCCAGCGGCAUGGCGUGGGCCAACGGCGCCAUCAACCCGCUCAUCUACGCGGCGCGCAACCCCAACCUCGCGGUGCUGCUGCGGCGCAGCCGCGAGGGCGGCUACCGGACUAGGAGCCGCGCGGGGCCCCCGCGGCGGCCGGAGCGGGACGGGCGGGCCGAGCGCGCCCGCGAGCGCUGCCUCCACGGGCCCGGCGGCGCCGGGGCGGCCGUGUGGGCCUGCAGGAACCCGGCCGUGCUCUUCUGCCGGGACGGGCAGCCCCGCGGCGCCGCCGAGGCCGCCCCCAAGGCCCGGGCGGACGCGGUCGACACGAGCCUCUGA